GGGCGGGGCCUGGGCUGCGCGUGCGGCGGGUACGACCCAGACAGCCGAGGCCCGUUGUUGUUCCCGGCUCACGCCGCAGCCUCCGCGGCCAUCGCCCCCGCCCCGGCCGCUUGUCAGUCGGUCAGUCCGGGAGGGAGGGAGGAAGAGGGGCUGGGGAGCGGCCGGCGUCGCCGCGUCAAUCCCCCAGGCUCUGCCGUUACGGCAGGUGCCCGAGCCGCUCCCUGCCCGAUGCCCUGCGGGGAGGCAGGGGCGCCUGCAGACCGGUGAGCAGUCGCGCCGCCGCUCGCUCCGCCCGCUCCGCCUCUGCCAUCGCCGCCAUGGGGGACGGCGCCGGGGGCGACAUGAACUCUAAUCUCCCCUGCGCCCCUUACCUCACCGGGGACCCGCAACUGGACACCGCCGUGGGCCAGUGGCUCCGCUGGGACAAGAAUCCCAAGACAAAAGAACAAAUUGAAAAUCUGUUACGGAAUGGAAUGAACAAAGAACUAAGAGAUCGUCUUUGCUGCAGGAUGACUUUUGGCACUGCUGGGCUACGUUCUGCCAUGGGAGCAGGAUUUUGCUAUAUUAAUGACCUUACAGUUAUCCAGUCAACACAGGGGAUGUACAAAUACCUUGAGAGAUGUUUUUCAGACUUAAAGCAGAGAGGCUUUGUGGUCGGCUAUGACACCAGGGGUCAGGUGACCAGCAGCUGCAGCAGUCAAAGACUUGCAAAAUUAACUGCUGCAGUUUUGCUGUCCAAAGGAGUGCCUGUGUAUUUGUUUUCAAGAUAUGUUCCUACACCUUUUGUGCCCUACGCUGUUCAAGAACUGAAAGCAGUUGCAGGUGUGAUGAUUACUGCCUCCCACAACCGUAAGGAAGAUAAUGGAUACAAGGUAUAUUGGGAAACAGGUGCCCAGAUUACAUCUCCUCAUGAUAAAGAGAUCCUGAAAUGUAUAGAAGAAAGUGUUGAACCUUGGAUUGAUUCCUGGAAUGAAAAUCUAGUGGAUACCAGCCCCCUGAAGCGAGAUCCUCUGCAGGAUAUUUGUACGCGUUACAUGGAAGAUCUGAAAAAGAUCUGUUUCCACAGAGAGCUGAACUUACAGACAAGCUUGAAAUUUGUCCACACAUCAUUUCAUGGAGUUGGUCAUGAUUAUGUGCAGUUGGCUUUUAAAGUGUUUGGAUUUAAACCUCCAAUUCCAGUACCAGAGCAACAGGAUCCCGACCCAGACUUUUCUACUGUUAAAUGUCCAAAUCCUGAAGAAGGAGAAUCUGUGCUGGAGCUGUCUCUAAGAUUGGCUGAGAAGGAAAAUGCCAGAGUAGUGGUAGCCACAGAUCCUGACGCAGACAGACUGGCAGUGGCUGAACUGCAAGGGGAUGGCCGUUGGAAAGUUUUCACAGGCAAUGAGUUAGCAGCGUUGUUUGGGUGGUGGAUGUUUGAUUGCUGGAAGGAAAAUAAGUCACAGAAUGCUGAUGUGAAGAACAUUUACAUGUUAGCCACUACAGUCUCCUCCAAAAUUUUGAAGGCAAUUGCACAUAAAGAAGGAUUUCAGUUUGAAGAAACACUGCCAGGUUUUAAAUGGAUUGGAAGUAGAAUAAAAGAACUCAUGGAAAAUGGGAAAGAAGUCCUUUUUGCAUUUGAAGAGUCUAUUGGGUUUCUGUGUGGGACUUUUGUUUUGGAUAAAGAUGGAGUGAGUGCAGCUGCUGUUGUUGCUGAAAUGGCAGCUUACCUAGAAACCAAGAAUCUAACAUUGGCACAACAGCUUACUAAAGUUUACGAGAGGUAUGGAUAUCAUAUUUCAAAGACAUCUUAUUUCUUAUGUUAUGAUCCACCUACUAUCAAAAAUAUAUUUGAAAGGCUUCGCAAUUUUCAUUCUCCAAAAGAAUAUCCGAAAUAUUGUGGGGCAUUUGACAUAUUGCACAUACGGGAUAUUACCACUGGAUAUGACAGUAGCCAGCUUAAUCAGAAAUCGGUGCUGCCCGUGAGUAAAAGCAGCCAAAUGAUUACAUUCACCUUUCAAAAUGGUUGUGUGGCUACGCUACGGACAAGUGGAACUGAACCAAAGAUAAAGUAUUAUGCCGAGAUGUGUGCAUCCCCUGACCAGAGUGAUAUUGCCUUACUGGAAGAAGAACUGAAGAAACUCAUCGACGCUCUGAUUGAGAAUUUUCUGGAGCCCAGUAAGAAUGGACUGAUCUGGCGAUCUGCUUAGACAUCUAAUAGGCUGUUGCUCUACAAAUGGCUCUUUGCACUGUCAUGUGGAACAAAAGAUCCAAGACCUACAUCUAACCUUGAUAUUGUGUACAUUUAUCUAUUUCAGAACUUACUCCUUUAAGACCUAUAAUGAAGUAGGAUCUUUUUUGUCACCUGAUUUAACCAAGUUGCAUAAGCUUGAAAGACUUAAAUUUGAAAGCAAGUGAAAUAAUUGAGAUUUUCAGUUAUUUUGACCAAAAGUCACAUACACUGAGCAUUAAAAACAUACUCUCUCCAGCCUUCGACUUGAAGAGCUCUGUAGAGGUCAUGCAGGAGUGAAUUUUCCUCUUGUAAUUUGAUUAGGUUUAUUUUUUUUGUGUGUCGUCCGUGUCUAGUACAGUUCAGACAAAAAUUAGCUAAAUGUUCCAAAUAUUGUUUGUGGUUGUCAAGUUAUUUAGGGGAAUAAAGUAUCAUGUUGGUGAGAAUACAGUGCAGCUUCUUUAGUACCCCUCUGGCACUGGCAGGGGUCUUCAUUUACAAGUAUGUUAAAGUAGAGUAGUUACAAUAUUUAGAUUAGGACAAGAUGGUGUUUUGGCGUACGGUUUUAGCACCUUUGUUUCAGGUGCUCUUUAUCAGUUGUACUUUUCCCAUGUGUAUCUCUAAAAUACUAAUGUUUAUCGAACAAAUAGUGGCAACUCUCUUGGGAAGCUUUGUUUUUGACAAAUCUCUCAGUGCCUUCCAAGGGCUUUGGUGUGAGCUGAGAUACUUUGAUGUGAGCAAGUUCUAGCUAUAUUUUCCCUCUCAAACAGGGGCCAUUGAACAUAAGAGUGUGUUUAUAGAGGUGGUGGUCAGCACUUUGCCUUUUUGUACAAUUCUUCCAGAUAGGAAAGGUGCUCGGCCUACUUUGUCAAAUAACUAGGGUGUUUCUAAAAAUAUCACAUAAGAUCUUCAAAAGAAGCAGGUAUUAAAUCAUAUACUACUAUUGUUAGGGAUUUCCAUGUUAAAAUUCAGUGUCACUAUUUGUAAGGAGAAUUGUGAUAGAGAGAGAUCCAAAUUUCAAUUAAAAAUAAACUUCACUUAAACAGAUCUUUUUAAGCAGCUUCAUCUGCUGUGAUAAAGAUAAUUCUGUUAAUGGGGUUUUUGGAUAGUGUGCUAAUUUAUUAUGGCUUCUUUGAAAUUCACUUGUUUUCUAAGAUUCCUUUAAAAAAAUCAGUGUGGAGAAAGUUGUCCUAAUCCAGACCAAUUAUUAUUUAAUAUUUUAUUUCAUCCCUUUUUAAACACUACUAUUCAGCUAACACACAGAAUUUGAAAGUAAUUUUUAAACUUCGUUUCCCCUUCAUAAUUAUCUCUCAAAAGUUCUACAGACAUAACGUAUUUAAGUGGGAAGAUGACGGGGACUCUUCUGCCCUCCCCUUUGGUGGCCCAGUUGGGCACCCCCAGAUAUCAAUAACUUAGUUUUCAAAUAUAGUUAAAGAGGGGUAUUUAGCCUUCGUUGGUUACUAGAAGAUAAGCCACUACUCUCUCGCCUUGGACAGCAAGUUUUCCUCCUGUCUGGUUUCAGUAUUUAAAUACUAAACAGCAUGGAAAUAUCAUGUGUCAGCAAUGCAGUUCCUACUCUUUAAAAGCUGCCAUGUAGGUUUUGAUGUGGAACCAAAUACUGGACAAUUAUCAAAAACAUUUACUUUAGAAUCAGGUUGAUUUCUCCAGCCUUUCUGACGAGGAGAUGAUCUGCUUUCAUUCCAUAGAGCUGUAUCUUUACAAAAUUGCCAUUGGUUAGUUUAGCACUCUUGUGAAAAACUCUAAAAAGGGAAAAAACUUCCAUUUUACCAAUUAGUUUGUUUAGUGCCCCCUUGGACUGCUCAUAGUUAUACUUUACAGGAUAGUUAUUGCGUAAAGAAUGCAAAGUAACAAGGGUAAAAGUUCCUUAGAUAUUAAGGUCCUCAAGUAAGAGGAAACAACUGAUAGAAUUUCAGUGACCCAACAUAUGUCACUACCCAGCCAGUCUGGUCGAGUAAAAUCAUAGUUCCAGUUUGAAGUUGUUACAUCUGUUCACAUUUAUUUGAGCUCAAAAUUACAUUUAAAAACUGUUUUGCCACCAGUGUGAAAAAAAAAUGUUCAUUUGUUUUCCCCUUAUCUCUCCCCAACCUUGUCCUUGAAGCUGGAUCAUGGAUGACUUGCAUAAAGGCGAGUAACCAGUUAUAAAGAGAACCACAUUUUUUUGUGUAUAAUUGAUGGUGACAAAGGCUUUGCACUAAAUAGGAAAAAACUUGUAAAUUUUUGUUUGGUUCUAUGAAUGUAUAUUGUAAUGUAGGAGAUUGUCUUUGUUGCACAGGAACCCAUAUGAUCAAUAUUAUUUUUUUGUAGUAAAAAUCUGUAUUUAAGUGUCUACAAAAUAGAAUGAAGCUAAAAAAGAUGGGUUGUCUCCUUCACUCAUUAAAGCCACGUUGUAUGUUUCUGAUAAUGAAGAGAACAAUUUUAUUUGGCCGCUUCACAAGUAUACAACAUUGAAUUCAAGGUGAAAAAUCUUUGCUGCUUGGAUUAUUAUUUCCGGAAUUGAAUAUUUUUAACUUUUUUUUUCUUUUGCUUUAUCUUGUUUACAAGACCUGUUAUUUUUAUUUGUACGGGGAAUCUCCUGAUGUGGAAGUCCCUGCCCCCACUCCCCCCCAAAAUAAUCAACAACGCAUGGAUGGUUUAGUUUUAGUAAGUUGCCUUUAAGAAGUUAAGUGACUUGCUUGUAGUCACACAGCUAAUUUGUGUCAGAGGCGGGACUUUACCAGGCCUUCCAAACUAGUACUCUAUGCUGCCUCUAGACUUAUUUAACUUACACAAAUCUUUCAAAAUUCUCCAAGAAUAUAGCUUCAGGGAUGAUAAAGAAGAGAAGAUCAGUGUGGUUGCCAGCUUCAUAUAUUUGGAGGAUUGUCAUUAAAAAUAGUGAUUAGAUAUGCUCACGUCGACUCAGGUGAGAACUAGAACCAGUGUAUGGAGUUAACAGGGAGGUAGAGUUUGGCCUAAUAUAAGGAAGAAUUUCCUCAUGAUUUUAUCUUUAAGGGAAUAAGUUUCCCAUCACUAAAGAUGUUCAUGCAGAGGUGGGAUGCCCCUUCAUCCUGUAUGUUGUAGGAGAAAUUCAUGUGUCAAAUGAAGGAUUGAUCUGAGACCCCAUCUGGCUCUAAAUUUCUGGGGUCCUAGGGUUUGUAUGUAGAUGUACAGCUGGCUAAAGUGUCAGUUUUAAACAAUGGCGGGCUCAGUUAUAUAGACCCAGGACUUUAGUUCAAUGUUGUUUUUUUUUUUAACACUUUCUCUUACAACAUAGAAGGUAGAACAGGGAUAGAUUUGCAUUAGUUUGUGGAAGAUAUAAAAUUUUGAGGCUUCCCAGAAACUUGAAAAGAAGGGUCAGAGUUCUAAGUUGGGGGACAUAAUUUUUAAGUUAAUUAAAAAUAUGGAUUGGAGAAGUUACCAGAAAGGCCCAUCAGGCCAGUAUAGAGAGGAAUGUACCUUUAUGGAAGAAAAUUAAGUAGUUAUAACACAAAAACAAGAUGAAAAUGAGAGAUUGUGUAUAAACAGAGCACAUAAAUAUUGAUUUGAAUAUAGACCAUUCUCUUUCGAAAGGGAGAAUACUGUGUAAAUAUAUACACAUAUAGGUAUUUACAUACCAAAAAAAUCCACCAAUAAGAGGCUACACUUUAUGCAAGCCAGAUUUAUGUGGGGAAAGUCCAGAUUAUGUUUAGACCAGUACAUUAUCACAGUAAUAUAAGGAAGUUGAACAGUAAUAGUUACAGAAUCUGAGGUGGAAAGGAUUUCCAAGGGCCUCUAGUUCAACAUGUACCCCCAAAAAAUCUCUUCAACAUCUCCAAGUGACCAUCUAGCCCAGAACUUUUUAAUUUCUUUUGUGUCCUGGACUCCUUUGGCAGCUUGGUAAAAUGUAUGGACAACAUCUCAGAAUGAUGCUUUUAAAUGCAUAAAAUGAAAUAGAUUCAAUUUCAAUUAUAUUGAAAUACAAUUUAUUUGAAUAUGUGUGUAUUAUAUUUUGAACUAAGGUCAUGGACUUUAUGUUAAGAGUCUUUGAUUUAGCCCCUGGACACUUCUAGCUGUGAGGAACUUGUGUUAAUUUACAUUUGCUCUGUAGCUUACAAAGUAUUUUGCUCACCACAACUUUGUGACAAAAAUUUAUCUCCAUUUCUAAAAUGAAAAAACUUGAGAACAGACAGGUGAUAUGACUUGUCCUGGAGUUCUAAUGGAGAAACUAAAAGUGAGCCUACUGCUAACUGCUUUAAAGAGCCAAUAUCAAUAUGAUAGAGGGUAGAUAGUGGGAGAGAAUUCUUCUCUUGUAGUUGGUGGGCCUGAUUAUUGUGUCAGGCUCCAUUCAGGCUCCACAACAAAGUAAAGAACUUGGAAGGGAUGAUAAACAUAGGAGGAAGAAAAUUUAAAAAUAAAUGGACUUGGAAUUAAAACUCAUGAGAAAAGGUUGAAGGAAUCCCAACCCUCCAACCUCAGAGAAGACUGAAGGAUAAUUUAAUUGGUCCUCAGAAGGAAAGCAACAUUUGAACUGAGAAAGAUGACUAGCUGUUCUCCAUUUCCAGGGAAGACAAAGCUAGAGGAGACAAGGUAAUGGGAAAGUAGCAGGAGAGCUACAUGACCUGGGCAAAUCACUCCCCUUACGUUCUCUAGGCCUCAGUUUCCCCAUAGUUAAAAGGAGAGAUUUGGAUUAGAUCUUUUAGGUCUUUUUCAUUCCUAGGAAUCUGAGUUAAGGUGGAAGAACUUCCUAACAUGGAUUGUUGAACAUUUAGAAUGUGUAAGGAGAACAUGCAGACUCUUGAAGGCUUUAAAAAGCAAGCCACUUUUUCUUCUGAUUUGAGAUUUCCUGGAGAUGGGAAUGUAGACUCCUUAUACUGACUUCUAAUUCCUCCAGGCAUUUUUGGUGGGUUUAAAUGUUUUAAAGCCCAAAUAAAUUGAUAAUUGGGUUUCUUUCUGAAUUUAGAAGAAGAUAAUAUUGCAAAUAUUUUCCCAGAGUUGAGUAAGAAAGGCAGCAACAAAUGUAAUAAAUAUAUUCUUAGACUUCACUUUUCAUUCAUUCUGUCAUAAUGAUCUGAACACAGUCCUUUCCAUUUUAAGGAAUGCCCAGAGCUUUUUGUUUUGUUUGUCUUUACAUACAAAAUAUUUACCAUAUAGAUGUAGGAACUUUGGCAAAUCCAGAAGGUUUGAGAAAUUGGAGGCUUGGGGAUAUGUUAUUUCAAGAAAUGGACCCUUGUUUCUUAAGCAGAUUGUAUGUAUUUCUGGAAUAUGUCAAUGAUCAAUGAAACAACAUCAUUUUUAGCUAGAGGACAUAAUCUUGAAAAUGAAUGCUCUGUGAAGUGCUACUAACAAUGUUUGCUACAAAUGUUUUCUAUUCAUGUUGAUAAUGCUUAAAACAUCCAUAUGAUUCCAUUUGGAAAAGUUUCCUUUUGCCCUUUUCUAUCCCUUUUCUUCUACCCAUUUCUACUAUUUUGUGACUGUGAAAAGCUAUCAUCCUAUUACCUUACUGAUGGAGUUCAUUUGUGGAUUGUUUGUUUUGUUACCACCAAACAGAAAUGUGGAGGCAAAAAAAAUUGAACCUGUUCAAAACUCCUUUGGGUUUGUCUGAAUAUUGUCAAUUUAUUAUGAAUUUUUUGAAAUUCAUGUUUUCGGAGAUGGUUUUGAGAAGCUGAUGGGGAAACAAUUGUUUUCACCCAAACCAAUGACUAUUUGAACAUUUGAUUUUUAGUUUGUUUAUUCACUGCUGUUCAUCCAAGGAUUUUAAAAAUAUUCAUAAUAAACCUUCGUUCUUUGUUUCAAAGUAUUGGACAGCUAGAAAGAACAGAAGUCAGAGAAGUGUUCUGUCUGCCUAUCUAAACAGCACAGCUAUACUCAACCCCUAUCUGUCUUAGUUUUCAAAAAAUAAUGUUUACUUCAAAAGUCACCACUUUGUUAUCUUGGUCAGCAAGCUUUCUUCUUUCUAGUUUUGGUACUAGAAGCAAGGCAACAUAAUGGAAAAGCAUUGGACCAGGGGUGGGGAACCUGUAGCCUUGAGGACAUUUGUAGCUUUCUAGGUCCUCAAGUGCUGACUCAAGUUCUUUGAAUGAAUCUAGACUUCACAGAACAAAUUCUUUUUAUUAAGGGGAUUUGUUCUGUGAAGUUUGGAUUCAGUCAAAGGGCCACGCUUGAGGACCUAUAGGGCCACAUGUGGCCUUGAGGCUGCAGGUUCCUAACCCCUGCAUUGGACUGUGAACCUCAAAACAUGGGUUCUUCUCUUGCCUCUAACUUGCAGUGUGACCAUGGUCAAGUCUCUUCACCUCUUGGGCCUUGGUUUCCUAGUCUGCAAAUGAGGAUUCUUAAGGAAUCCCCCUAGUUCUGUUACCAGUAUCCUCAUGGCAUUUAAUAGUAAAGUCAUAUAAAGUUAUUGAAGCACGUAAGGUACCACAUCAAAAACAUACACAUAUCCCUGCCCUCUAGGAUCCAUAGUAUUUUGGGCGUGGAUUGAACCUACUUAACGGUAGUUUGAUAAAUUUAUCGACUAAUUAGCUUCCUAAUCCUUUACCAUUAUUUUACUGAUUAUAAUAACACUUUUAGAAAUUAAAAACAAUAAAGACUCUCUUUGCCAAAUUUGUUCAAAUGAUAUUUGCUAAGCAACCACAUAUCUAUGUUCAGUUUCUUUUUUUUGUGCAGAGAAUAGAGUAUUCCUGUCAAUGCAAGGUAGGUAGAACAAGGAUUAUCAUCCUUGUUUUUAUAAUCAAAGAACUGAUGCAUAGAGAGAUAAAAUAAAGCUUAGAAAUAAAUUUUUUAAAAAGGCCUAGAGAAAACUGGCCAGUCACACAGCUGAAGUUCAGUGUCAGAGCCAUGAGCCCUGGUUUCCUGGCUCCAAGUCCAUUUCUCCUUCCAUUAUACUAUGCUGCCCUUCCAUUCCUAUUGGGAUAAUGGCAUAUUGUCUUUAAUGCCUACUAUAUGCAGCUCUACUGAUUAAAUGUCUCAUAUUUAUAUAGCGCUUUAUUGUUUACAAAGUACUUUAUACACACAGUCUUUUAUUAUUUUAAUAACUAUUAUCUCAAUAACUAUGAAAUAAGCAGGACAAAAUAAUCUUCAUUUUACAUAUUAAGAAACUGAGGCUCAGAAAGAUAAAGUAGAUUGCUAGCUGGGCAAUCUUGGGCAAGUACUAGAAGGGGGUCUUGGUUGCUCCUUUGACUCUUAGGUCCAAGGAUUUUCCUCUGUAACACCUCCUACCUCCCAGUUCCAGCAGCAUUUAGGAGAGAGCUUUGACUCGGUUUGUACAACUGGAUGAACUGAAGCUUAGCUUCAAAGUAUCAUCUGAGAAGCUCACUCAGAAGCUGAGGGGUAAGAGUAUGAGUGUGGUUGUUGGGUUUAGAAAUGUCUUAGUGACCAGAGAAAAAUGACCUGUAUAGAUUUGCAUAAUAUUCAAAGACCUCUUCCCCAGCAAAUUCUGACGGAAAGACAUUAGGCAUCAAGAGACCUGGGCCCUAGUCCUGACUGUUUUAUGGCCUUGGACAAAUUAGUUCUCCCCUCUGGACCUCACUUUCUUUCACUGUGAAAUGAUAGAACUGUACUGGGUGAUCUGAAAAGUCCAUCUCAUUACCAUAUUCAGCGAGAGAUAUCUUAACCCUCCUACAAUCUAUAUUUUAAGGGUGAAGUGGGUGAAGGUCAAUUGUGAAUGGAGUUAUAGAAUUGAUCCCAUAAGGAAUUCCCUUCUUAAGUCUGCUAGCAUACCCUCCCAAGGGAGUCAAAACUUAUUUGAAUCUCAUGUAUUUUUAACCUAAUUAUAGAAAGCAAUGUAUCUGAUGAGAUGUGCUCAAACUGACAGAGGUGAAGUAUGGAUAAUGUUUACAGCACCCUGACCGUUCUUCCAGGCAUAACUGCACAUACCCCUUCUUUGCUUUAUUCUGUUGAAGGUUGGGGGAUUAUAUGCACUGUUGCAAAUGAAGUGUUAUUUUCCUUAUUAGGUGUGUGACUAUAAAGGUUUGCACCCAGGGGUCUGAAAUUAGAAUUGUGACUUUGUUUAGGCCACCUUAACUCCAUCAGGUCAAUACCUUCUUUGUUGCAGAUGAUUUUCCUAUUGUGAGACCAGGGUGUGUUAUAAAUAUUGCUUGUGAAAAUUUGCACUUUUUCCUAAGCAUUUGUGUAUGGAUUAUUUUCGUGGUUUUAGCUGAAUAAAGUGUUGUUAGUAAUAAACUGUUCUCUUCAUAAUAA